UCUUUACACUCAGUAAAUCUCGGUUUCGACUUACAAGCCUUUAAUACAUAGCAAAGUUGGCUGCAGACCCCCUGCUAUACAGUGUCAUCCUGAAGAAAGCGGAAUGUAGAAACUUGUAGGUGGUAAUUAGCUCCUGAGAAGCUAAACUCAGGUCAAAAAGCCGCUUUAAACACUGUGCACAUACAGAGCGUUGUGCUAGCGGCAGCAGCUGCUACAAGCUCCAGAGACAGAGGUCGAUUUGGAGCAGUGGGAGCAACGGUGGGAUGACUUCUUCCCUAAGGUAUCCCGGUUAAAGGAGUUGCAUCAGGAUUUCCUCUUACUCAUCCAUCCAUCUAUCCACACAUCCCUGCAGACCACAUCCGGGCUCCAUGCAGGAUCUGACUCCUCUAAUAAAUCUGACAUGAAGAUGCUCAUGUAGACAGCAGUUGCAUUAGAAUGGCUCUGGGUCCUCCUCCCUGAUAAACCUGUCAGGUAUUCAUAACCGCCAAGAACCGGUUAUCUGCACUCCUCAACUGGUUUAACCUCUCAGGAAUGGCUCCUGAUCACUUUAAGGCUUUUUUUUUCCUAGGCCACCUGUAGCUGACUGUGUUGACAAAAGGUGGAGGUGGAGGUUGUGGUUGUGGCUCCCUGGUUUUCCUCAAGCACAAAGUGUCAAAGUGUUUUUGUCCUGCUCUAACACAGCUGCACAUUGGGACUAAGAUGUCAGACUGGGGGGAAAAGUCCACAGCGGACCUCAUGAGCAGAUAUGUGUCCAAGGACAUGGGAUAUGGAGUACCCAAAGAGGGCUGGAGGAUCUGCCUGGCCCAUGAGUUUAAGGAGAAGAGGAAGCCUUUUCAAGCUAAAGAUGUGUCUCUUUCUAAUGUCAUGGAGCACAUAGGUCUGGGAAUUAGGUAUCUGAAAUGGUGGUAUAAAAAGACUCAGGUGGAAAAGAAGGCUCCGUUCAUUGACAUGUUUCGCGCUCAACCCUUACGUCAAAUAUACGGUGCUCCACUUGGUGGAAUCGGAGGAGGAACCAUCACCAGGGGUUGGAGGGGGGAGUUCUGCAGGUGGCAGCUGAACCCUGGCAUGUACCACUACAAGACAGUCCCAGCCAACCAGUUCACAGUGUGUUUGCGUCGAGCUGGACAGACAGUUUACCAGCAGGUGUUAUCUGUAGAGCGUCCUCCUACGUUACAAGGCUGGAACUGGGGCUACUGCGGAGAGUACGCCUUCUACCACGCUCUGUACCCCCGCGCCUGGACCGUCUACCACCUGCCGGGACAGGAUGUCACUCUGACCUGCAGGCAGGUUUCCCCCGUCAUCCCCCAUGACUACCAGGACUCGAGUCUCCCAGUGGCAGUAUUUGUAUGGGACAUAGAGAAUAAGAAUGACUAUGAUCUGGAAGUGUCCAUCAUGUUCACCAUGGUCAACGGGUCAGGGCAUAAAGACGACAAGAGCGGAGGACACUGGAACGAACCGUUUCACCUGGAGAAGGAUGGGGAUGCGGUGUCGGGGGUUUUACUGCACCACUGUCCGGCGGUGAACCCUUACACUCUGUGCAUCGCUGCUCGUGAAAAGGCUGACAGGGAGGUGAGUCACCAGACGGCCUUCAGUCCAAAGGGGACCUGCAGCGCCCUGUGGAAUGACCUGAUCACAGAUGGACGGCUGGACUCUCCUACAGGCUCCAGUCCACCAACGGCUAAAGGAGAUAAGGUGGCAGCAGCGCUGGCAGUGGGUUGUACAGUACCAGCUCAGAGUCACAACAUGUUGGAGUUCUGCCUGGCCUGGGACAUGCCCAAAAUCACCUUUGGCUCCAGGGAGCGAGAACACAUCAGGAGGUACACUCGUUACUUUGGGGCCAGAGGAGCUGCAUCGCCGGCACUCAGCCACUACGCUCUAACACAUUACAGACAGUGGGAGAAGAGCAUUGAGGAGUGGCAGAGACCCAUACUGCAGGACAGUUCUCUUCCUUCCUGGUAUAAGUCCGCUCUGUUCAAUGAGCUGUACUUUAUCGUGGAUGGAGGCACAGUGUGGACGGAGCUCCCAGAGGACGCUGACGUGAGCGGUGGUCUGCGGUCUGAGAACGGGGGGCUUCCAGCUCAGCCUGCUGUUAUUAAGGAGUACGGACGCUUCGCCUACCUGGAAGGUCAGGAGUACAGAAUGUAUAACACAUACGACGUGCACUUCUACGCUUCCUUUGCACUGAUCAUGCUGUGGCCCAAACUAGCCUUGAGUGUGCAAUAUGAUAUCGCUGGCAGUGUGGUUCAACAGGACCCAACAGAACGGCUCCAUCUGAUGAGUGGGCGGUGUUCUCCUGUCAAGACCAGAAAUGUGGUCCCUCAUGACAUAGGAGACCCAGAUGAUGAGCCGUGGCAGAGGGUCAAUGCCUACCUCAUCCAUGACACUGCAGACUGGAAGGACCUGAACCUCAAGUUUGUCCUGCAGGUUUACAGAGACUUCCAUCUCACACAGGACAGGCAGUAUUUACAGGACAUGUGGCCAAUCUGCCAGGCGGUGAUGGAGUCGGAGAUGAAGUUCGACCUGGAUGGAGACGGACUCAUUGAGAACUCUGGAUAUGCAGACCAGACUUAUGAUGGAUGGACAGUGACUGGACCAAGUGCUUAUUGUGGUGGGCUGUGGCUGGCGUCGCUGUGUGUGAUGUGUAAGAUGGCCAUCCUGUUGGACAAUAAGGAGAUGUACCAGCUCUACAGAAGCACACUGGACAAAGGCAGCACUGCAUUCGACAAACUGUUGUGGAACGGCAAGUAUUACAACUAUGACAGCAGUGGGAGGGACCUGUCGAACAGCGUUAUGUCUGACCAGUGUGCUGGACAUUGGUUCCUGAGGGCCUCCGGCUUAGGAGACGGAGAAUUCAAGGCUUUUCCACAGGAGAAGAUCCGCAGUGCGCUGAAGUCCGUGUAUGAACUGAAUGUGAUGAGUUUUGCCGGAGGUCACAUGGGAGCGGUCAAUGGGAUGCGUCCUGAAGGAGUACCGGACCGCUCCAGUGUCCAGUCUGAUGAGGUCUGGAUCGGAGUCGUGUAUGGGCUGGCAGCGACUAUGAUCCAUGAGGGUAUGUUGACCGAAGGCCUGCGUACGGCUGAAGGCUGUUACCGGACUGUGUGGGAACAGCUGGGCAUGGCCUUCCAGACUCCUGAGGCCUACUGUGAGAAGAGCAUCUACCGCUCUCUGGCCUACAUGAGGCCGCUGAGCAUCUGGGCCAUGCAGCUGGCCCUGAACGCCUCACAGAGGGACCAGACCACUUUGGCUUCAACUGGAACCACAGACCAGGACCAGGCAGUACAAGCUCAGAAAGAAGACCAGAGCUAGGACCGGAGCCACCUGACAGACUGUCUAUCCUGUGCUGCUUUAUCUGAUCGACUGAAGACUUUUCCACAUUUUCUGUUGUUUGACAGAGUUGUGGUGGUUGGAGAAGAACUCCUGUAGAUCAUAAUGUUGUCAGAUGAUGGGUCUGAAGAGCAAACGCUCCUGAUUUACAACAUUAGUCGCUUUUCCAUUGGACGUCUGCACGAAACUUUACCGAUAUUUAUUAAGU